AUGCAUCUAUCUAUUCAUCUAUCUAUCUAUCUAUCAUCUAUCUAUCUAUCUCAAUGUGUUCUAUCUAUCUCAGUCUGUUCAUAUCUAUGUAUCAUAUCUAUCUAUCUAUCUAUAUAUAUAUAUAUAUAUAUAUAUAUAUAUAUAUUCAGUCCGUUUCUAUCUAUCUGCCUGUCUGUUCUGUUCCUGUCUAUCUAUCUAUCUAGUCUGUUCCAAUUCAUCUAUCUAUCUAUCUAUCUAUCUAUUUCAGGUUUUUUUGUUUGUUUUUUACGUCCUCUCUCUCUCUCUCUCUCUCUCUCUCUCUCUCUCUUCAUCCCACCAUUACCUCAUCGCUGUAGCUUUCCUUACCCUCACCUUUUUCGUCCACCUGAUUCCAAUACGCGUUCUACUACCCCCCGCGCUCGACCGUCCCCCCUCGUCAAACAAGCAACUCCCUUCCUCUCUCUCUCCCCUCAUUUUCCCUUUGAUUCUAUCACUCCCCAACCCUUUUGUCCGCUCGAAUCACGGUAUUCUUUUUCGAUCAUGAAGUCUCUGUUUUCACAUAUUAUUUAUCUGUCUAUCAUCUAG